AUGCGACCGGAAGGCUCUGACCCCGCCGACAAAUGUCCAGUUGAUCAUCGCACUCGCGAGAAAUGGUUGGAAGCAGCAAGAGCAAGCGGCAACGCCGCAUCGAAUCCCCACUCAUCACCACCUGGGAGCGGUUCUGCAGCGAGUCGUUUCUCCCUUGAUACCGGCACUUGGACAUCUCCCGCUACCAUCGCACAGAAUCGCGCGCCGAAGAGGCCUAAGAUGUACAGUCUCUCAACAGAUCGAGAAAUCAGCACCAUCCCUCGAGGGAAUCUCACCAAACCCGUAUCCGAACUCAAUCCAGCCGAGCGUGCCGCUCUACCAACGCCUGCCUCAGCAAACAACGAACAUUCCGCUACACAUGACGCCACUACAGGCAACUGGGUGUACCCAUCACAAGAGCAAUUCUUCGCCGCGACUCGGCGGAAAGGCCACGAAGCGGCGCCAGGCGACAUGGCAAGUGUGGUCCCCAUUCACAACGCUGUAAACGAGCGCGCGUGGAAACAGAUUCAAGAUUGGGAAAGAGGCUGGGGUGCAGAGAAAUGCGGAGGUCCGCGGUUGGUCAGUUUCGCAGGCGACAGCAAAGCAUUGACGCCACGGGCAAGGUGGAACGCGCUCAUGGGAUAUGCGCCACCGUUCGACCGGCAUGAUUGGGUGGUGGAGCGAUGCGGAAAGAAGAUCGAAUACGUGAUCGACUUUUAUUCAGGCAAAGCAGGACCAGGUGAUGCAUCGAUUGCCAAGAGCCUCAAUUUCUACCUAGACGUCAGGCCGAAGCUAAACAGUUGGGAGGGCAUCAAGAUGCGCAUUGCAAGAAGUUUCGAAUGGUGA